CUAGACCUGCCAUGACGGCAUUUUUCCCCACUGUCCCCAACUGGAUUCAAGAUGCAAAGCAGGAGGAGGAGGAGACAGGCUGGAAAAUAGUCCCCAGGCCAAGAGGGGAAGAGACCGCAAGUCAGGGAAAAUGCCAGUGUGAAAUAUCAGAGACCUCCUUCCCUAACGUGGACAAGCUGAGAGCUCACACGCUCUCUCACGCUGAGCAGAGACCGUACAACUGUCCUCAGCUGCACUGUGGCAAGGCCUUUGCUUCUAAGUACAAGCUGUACAGGCACAUGGCCACGCACUCUGCCCAGAAGCCUCAUCAGUGCAUGUACUGCGAGAAGAUGUUCCACCGCAAAGACCACCUGCGCAACCACCUGCAGACCCACGACCCCAACAAGGAGGCCCUGCACUGUCCCGAGUGCGGCAAGAACUACAACACGAAGCUGGGCUUCAGGCGGCACCUGGCCAUGCACGCGGCCGCCAGCGGCGACCUCAGCUGCAAGGUUUGCCUGCAGACCUUCGAAAGCACCCAGGUCCUGCUGGAGCACCUCAAGGCUCAUUCCCGGCGCGCCUCCGGCGGGGCCAAGGAGAAGAAGCACCCGUGCGACCACUGCGACCGGCGCUUCUACACGCGCAAGGACGUGCGGAGACACUUGGUGGUGCACACGGGGCGGAAGGACUUCCUGUGCCAGUACUGCGCCCAGCGGUUCGGACGCAAGGACCACCUCACCCGGCACAUGAAGAAGAGCCACUCGCAGGAGCUGCUCAAGAUCAAGACGGAGCCUGUGGACAUGUUGGGUCUCCUCAGCUGCGGCUCCUCUGUAGCCGUGAAGGAGGAGUUGAGUCCGGUCCUGUGUAUGGCAUCCAGAGACAUGAUGGGUGGUAAGAGCUUCCCUGGCAUGUUGCCCGUGGGCAUGUACGGCACACACCUGCAAACCAUGCCCAGCUCAGGGAUGCCCCAUUCUUUGGUUCCUAACUCUCUUCCCAUGGGAAUGAGCUAUCCUCUGGAGUCUUCUUCUCCCAUCUCCUCCCCACCGCAACCUCCUCCAAAGUAUCAGCUUGGAUCUACCUCAUAUUUGCCUGAGAAACUACCCAAAGUCGAGGUGGACAGCUUCCUGUCAGACUUCCCUGGCAGCCUGUCUCUCUCAGCUGGUGAGCCUCAGUCCUCUUCGCCUCAGCCGCCCGCUCUGGAUGAGGCUCUGCUUUCCAAGAGCCCCGCUAACCUUUCCGAGGCUCUCUGUGCUGCUAACAUGGACUUCUCUCAUCUUCUCGGCUUCCUCCCCCUAAAUCUUCCUCCUUGCAAUCCGCCCGUGUCUUCAGGGGGAUUGGUCAUGGGCUACUCGCAGGGGGAGACACAGCCACUGCUUUCCACUUUGCAACAUCAACCUCAAGAAGCUCCUGGAACUGGGGCCUCACUGAACUUUGGUCCCCUUCAUUCAUUGCCCCCCGUUUUCACCUCCAGCCUGAGCACAACCACACUGCCACGUUUCCACCAGGCAUUCCAAUAAGCUGAAAAGUAGCACUGGAGAACAGAUCUUUCAGCCACCUUUUGUGGAGAGCCUUAAAAACGCACAACUCCUCCUUCCCUCGGGGCGCGAGA